AUGGCUCAGCGCUCCGGGAAGAUCACCCUCUAUGAGGGCAAGCACUUCACAGGGUGGAAACUGGAGGUUUUUGGCGACUGCGACAACCUCCAGGACCGAGGCUUUAUGAAUCGGGUGAAUUCCAUUCGAGUAGAGAGUGGGGCUUGGGUUUGCUUUGAGCACCCUGACUUCCGGGGCCAGCAGUUCAUCCUGGAGCAUGGUGAUUACCCUGACUUCUUCCGUUGGAAUGGCCACAAUGACCACAUGGGCUCCUGUCGUCCUGUAGGAAUGCAUGGGGAGCACUUCCGCCUAGAAAUCUUUGAGGGCUGCAACUUUACGGGCCAGUGUCUGGAGUUCACAGAGGACAGCCCCUUCCUCCAGAAUCAGGGCUGGGCCAAGAACUGCAUCAGCGCCCUCAAAGUGUAUGGGGAUGGAGCGUGGGUCCUGUAUGAGGAGCCCAACUACCAUGGCCGUAUGUACGUGGUGGAAAGGGGCGAUUUCCGCAGCUGCUCUGACUGGGAGGCCCACAACACUCGCAUCCAGUCCCUCCGCAGAAUUGUCAACUUUUUUUAG